AUGUCUCCAGACAGAUCUAAAAGCCCUCGUCGCCUGGGUGACGAGGAACGCCAGCCUUUACUCCCCUCAAGCCCUCCGCCUCAAGGUCACGAGCACAGCCAACAACAGACCAUCUCCUUCGGCCCAGACGAUCCAGACAACCCGUACGCAUGGUCGCGCGCCAGAAAAGCAACCCAGGUCCUCCAGAUCUUCAUCCUCGCCCUCCUGUCCCCCGCCGCAUCGUCCAUCCUGGACCCAGCCGCCGAUGCCAUCGCCGCCGACCUGGGGGCAGACCAGGGGUUGGUCAUGGCCAGCCAGGCCGGGUUCGUGUGCAUGCUCGGCGUGGGCCCUCUUUUCCUGGCGCCCAUGAGCGAGACUUUUGGGCGGCGGCGGCUGUUUGUGUUUUGUUUUGGGGUGUUUACGCUGCUGCAGAUCCCAACGGCGCUCAUACGAUCGGCCGCGGGGCUGGUGGUUCUCCGGACGCUUUCGGGCUUCUUUGGGAGCGUCAGCGUGGCCAACGGCGGCGGGAGUAUCUCGGAUCUGUUUGAGACGCAGGAGAGAAGCCAGGUGCUGGGGGUGUACCUGGUGGCGCCUGUCUUGGGUCCCACAGUCGGACCUCUCAUUGGUGGUCUGGUGGUCGCACACCUGAGCUGGCGGUGGAUCUUCUGGAUUCUCCUGGUUGCGUCGAGCCUGGUCACCGGGAUGUGUUACUUCUUUCUCCACGAGACGCGGGCCGUCACCAUCCUGGAAGAUCGCAAGAGACGCCUGCAGAAGAAACAUCCAGAGACGGAGUAUACAGUCGAGGGCUGUCCUCCAGGGUCCGAUUCGUCGAUCCUGCGCAAGAUUGCACAAAACAGCACCCGCGCCGUGCGGAUCCUCACAACCCAGCCCAUCGUUUUCACCAUGUCUGUAUACCAGGCACUCAUCUUCACCUCCAUGUACAGCCUGUACGCCGAGUACUCAAACAUCUGGUCCGGCAGCCCGUACUUCUUCGACCAGUCCCAGCUCGGAUGGGCAUAUCUGGCACCCAUGCUCGGCUUCGUGCUGACCUCGGUCUUCAUCGUGCGCUACAACAACAGGCUGUACAAUUACCUGGCCCGGCGCCACGGCGACGAUGGCCAGCCCGAGUACCGCCUGCCCAUGGCCAACAUCGGGGCCGUGUUUCUGCCGGCGUCAUUGUUUUGGUUCGGAUGGGCACUGCAGGACCAGCGCGCCUGGCAGGUCCCGCUGGCGGCCAUGCUUCUCUUUGGGGCGAGCCAGGUGAGCAUCUUCAACACGGUGCAGACGUACUAUAUCGAUGCGUUCGCGGACAGGGCAGCCUCGGCGCUGGCGGCUGGGGCGUUUCUGCGGAGCAUGGUGGGCGGGAUUGUUCCGUUGUUUGUAGGGGGUAUGUUUGAGAGACUUGGGUAUGGAGUUGGGUUUAGUGUUUUGGGAGGUCUGAGUCUGGUCUUGAUGCCGGCGCCUAUGUUGUUCUACUGGAAAGGUGGUUGGCUGCGGGAGAGGUUCCCUUUUCGUGGGUGA